UGGUCUGGAGUUGAUAUCCGAACUCACCUCAUAUUAACCUUGUGUUUUGCUUCAUAAGUUUGAUUAGUAUUAUGUGUUUUAUAUUUUGAUUUUGAUUAAAAGUGUUUGUGAUUAUAAUUUUUGAAGCUGUGAAAUGAAAAACAAUAUAAAAUCAUUUGAUACCAUCAUAAGAACAAUCGAUGAAGAUGAUGACAUCGAAUAUUUUUCAGAAGAGAGUGAUAUCGAAGUUGAGUUCCAACCUACGAAACAGAAAAGUAAAAAUAAAGCAGAUUUUGCAACAGACUUCAAUUUUGUGAGCUCUGUGGAAGAGUACAAUAAAGAUUCUUGGAAUGAUCUCACAAAAUAUGUCAAGCGCAAAGCCAAACAAAAAACUGAUGACAAAAUAAAAAAAGUUCGGCAAGCUCAAAUUGAAGAUGAUAAUGAUGAAAAAGAUGAGGAAGAUGAACACUCAGAUAUUUCAUUGUCCGACGAUGAAAUGAAACAUGAUAAGAUCAAAGUCAAGGAAAAUAAGAAAAAGAAAGUCAAGGCUAGUGAAGAAACGGAAACAUUUUUUGAUGAUAUUGAAAUCAAUACUGAGGCUGGUAGUUUCUAUCAGAUGAAUUUAUCACGACCUUUAUUGAAGGCUAUUUCUGAAAUGAAGUUUGUCCAUCCAACUCCUAUUCAGUCGGCAACAAUUCCAGUAGCUUUGCUAGGUAGAGAUAUUUGUGGGUGUGCUGCCACAGGUACGGGUAAGACAGCUGCCUACAUGCUACCAACCUUGGAACGUCUCCUCUAUAGGCCAUCAGGCAAUGUACCAGUCACUCGAGUAUUAGUUCUGGUUCCCACCAGAGAAUUAGGUGUCCAAGUUUACCAAGUCACCAAACAAAUUAGCCAGUUUUCAGACAUCCAAAUCGGUUUGGCAGUAGGAGGAUUGGAUCUCAAAACACAAGAAGGCAUCCUGAGAAAAAACCCAGAUAUUGUCAUUGCCACACCUGGUCGUUUAAUUGACCAUUUGAAGAGUACACCAACAUUUAGUUUAGAAUCAGUAGAAGUACUUAUACUGGACGAAGCUGAUCGGAUGCUUGACGAAUACUUUGCUGAACAAAUGAAUGAAAUCAUCAAGCAGUGCUCAAAGAAAAGACAAACAAUGUUGUUCUCUGCAACCAUGACUGAUGAAGUGGAAAGUUUAGCAGCUGUUUCUCUCACUAAACCAGUUAGAUUGUUUGUUGACAGUAAUAGAGAUGUAGCAUUCAAUUUGAGACAAGAGUUCAUCAGGAUCAGGUCAGAGAAAGAGGCUGAAAGAGAGCCAAUUCUUGCUGCUUUAGUUUGUCGAACAUUUCGUGAACACUGUAUGGUGUUUGUACAGACUAAAAAGCAAGCCCAUCGAUUGCAUAUCUUGCUAGGUUUACUAGGACUACGAGUGGCUGAACUACAUGGUAACCUCACCCAACCGCAGCGUUUAGACAGUUUAGAAAAAUUUAAGACAAAACAAGUUGAUAUUCUCAUAGCUACAGAUGUUGCAGCUCGUGGUUUGGAUAUAUCAGGAGUUCAGACUGUUAUUAAUUUUAUUAUGCCUGCCACUGUGGAGCAUUACAUUCACAGAGUUGGAAGAACAGCAAGAGCAGGACGUGCUGGGGUUUCUGUAAGUUUAGCAGGGGAGAAGGAAAGGAAAAUUGUAAAAGAUGUAAUUAAACGAGCAAAAAAUCCUGUUAAAAGUAGGGUUAUACCUGCAGAUAUCUUAGAGAAGUACAAGGACAAAUUACUGCGAUUAGAACCUCAGAUUACACAAAUCCUACAAGAAGAAUAUGAAGAGAGGAUGCUUAGUAAAGUAGAAAACCAAGCGAACAAGGCUGAAAAAUUACUGAAAGGAGAGCAAGACGAGAAGCGACCAUGGUUUCAGACCAAAACCCAGCGAAAGGAAGAAAAAGAUCGGCUUAGUCUCAAAAAUGUAAACGAAAAGAAUAAAAUAUCUAAAGACAUUAAGAAGAAAAAUAAAAAAGGUGGAAAAGAAACACCAGAAGAUAGAGUCAGUAAUGAAUUGAACAAAGUUGCUUUACUUCAAGCAAAACUGGCUAAGAGAAAACAGAAACAAAAGAAGAUUGCCACAGUAAAAGAUGACACUUUGGCAGCUGUUGCUGCUUCAGGUAAAAAACGGAAGUCACAUUUUGCAGAUUUGGUCGAUACAUCACAGAAAAAGGCGAAAAAACUUCGAUAUGAUGCUAAUUUCAAACAGAAAAUGAAGAAUAAAGAAGGAAAAAAUAAGAGCAAUAAAAAAACUGUAAAAAAAGGAAAGAGCUUCGGUAGGCCCCAACAGAAAAAAAGAAAAUGAUGAGGAAUAGUUUUAUUCAGGUUUCUUGUUUUUGUUUUUUAAAUAAAAAAAAAUUAUUUUA